UCACGCUAUAAGAACAUCGGCUCACGCCAUAUGUGGCACUGCAUCACGUAUCUUUCAUAUUGGAGACGGUUUAGUUCUGCUCGUCUUAUCAUUAUAACGUUAAUGUGACUUUAACGUCAAGCGAUAGUAAAUAAUGGAGGCUCAGUUAAAAAGGGAGCUGGAAACCUCAAUGUUGAAAGCCACCGGUCAUUCGGGGGCUGGAUGCAUCAGCGAGGGCCAGAGUUAUGACACUGACAACGGGAGAGUCUUUGUGAAGAUAAAUCACAAGAGCGAGGCCAAACGAAUGUUUGUUGGGGAGAUGGCUAGCUUGGAGGCCAUACUGCAAACAAACACUGUGAAAGUUCCUAAACCUGUGAAGGUCAUUGAUCUAGACCGAGGGGGAGCUGUGUUUGUCAUGGAGCAUGUGGAUAUGAGAAGCCUGAGCAAGUUGUCUGCCCAGCUGGGGGAACAUUUGGCCGACUUGCAUCUUCAUAACCAAAAACAGAGAGAGAAGCAGAGCAAAGAGGAGCAAACUGUCGGGAAAGGAUCUGAAGUGCCAGUCAUUGACAAAUUUGGGUUUCAUGUUCCAACCUGCUGUGGAUACCUUCCACAGAAUAAUGACUGGCAAGAUGACUGGGUGGCAUUCUACGCUCAGCAGAAGCUUGGCCAACAGCUUGGCAUGGUGGAGAACAGCUAUGGGGACAGAGAGGCCAGAGAACUGUGGUCUCACCUUCAGCUGAAGAUUCCCCAGCUAUUUGCUGAUGUGACAGUUGUCCCGGCGCUACUCCACGGCGACCUGUGGGGAGGCAAUGUGGCUGAAUGCUCUGACGGCCCAAUCAUCUUUGACCCUGCAACCUUCUACGGCCACUCUGAAUUUGAGAUGGGCAUUGCAGGCAUGUUUGGCGGCUUCAAUAAGUCUUUCUACACUGGGUACCACGGGAAGAUCCCUAAGACACCCGGCUUUGAGAAGCGGCAGCAGCUCUAUGAACUCUUCCACUAUCUGAACCACUGGAAUCAUUUUGGUGGUGGGUACAGGGGUUCCUCCCUUCGCAUCAUGAAGGACCUGGUAAAGUAGGCAUUACUAAUGGGAUUUGAUGCCACCCACCCCUGGCCCUAUCCCAUAACCAUGCUAAUCCAUGCCACAGAAGUUUUGCACUUUAACAAUUCCACAACACACACUAACUAAAGAGCGUAAAUAUAGAGUAACAGCAGUAAUAUGAAGUCAAUUUCACUCAAGAAAAGUCAAGCAGAUGCAGGAAAGUUAACAGUGAUGUGUGAUUAUUUUUAUAUUUUUACUAACAUUCCAUUUGCUCUGAGUGAAGGGGUUGAUGUUGAAAGUACUGGACAGUUACAGUAUGUAAGUAGACACAUGUGUGUCACAAGGUAUUACACUGUAAUUACCUUUAAUGUGGAAUAAUGUACAGUACAAUUAGGAAUGAAUUGUCAACAUUUAAAAUAGAGAUACAUUUGGAUUUUGAACACUUAAAUAAUUAAAUAUUAUAAAUUGUGCUUAUUGCAGUUAACAUCUUAAUCUAACUCCUUAAUAUAAAUCCUUCAGAACUGAUGGAUGUAUACACCUACAAGUGUGACAUUAAUCCGAAUAAAGUUUACUUAUGGCUUAAAA